AUGGCAGAGCUCCAUAUCGUCGGACAGUUCGUGGGGGCGUCAGGCUUUGACGGGCACAAUGUUUUCUGCAAGUGGGGCGUGCGCGCGGGCCGGAGCUGGGAGUUGAUAGAGGGCCUGGACGGCGGCCAGACGCAGGUCGACGCGCCACCAGACGGCGAGAUGGCGGUGUGGGGGCACCCGCUAGAUGUGCACUUCCUGUGCCGCGGGCUGUCGGGAUGGCCCAAGCUGCACGUGCAAGUGUGGUCCCAGGACGCUCACGGACGCAACGAGCUCAAGGGGUACGGCUUCUGCCACGUGCCUACCUCCCCAGGCAUGUUCAGUUUAGACUGCCCGACCUGGCUGCCAGAGGGAUCCGCCCUGCAGCGCGUGGCCGCGUUCUUUGUGGGCGGCGCGCCGCGGCUGCGCAUGGAGGAGGUGGUGCACUCGCCAGGGGACAGGUUCCGGCUGCAAACGGUGGCGGGCGGCAUGGUGCACCUCCGGCUAGGUAUCGUGAUGCGCGACUUUGAACGCCAUGGGGUCGUGACGAGCUGA